AUGUCCAACCGGACGCUGAUCUCAGAAGUCACCUUGGUCGGGUUUCCAGGGGCUCCGGAAUACUUGGACUCCUUCAUAUCCGCUAUAAUGUUUCUUGUCUAUAUUAUUUCUCUGGUGGCUAACGGGAGUGUCCUAGGUUUGGUCAUAAUCAGCGCUCACUUACACCAGCCCAUGUACCUGAUCAUUGCCAACCUCUCUGCCUCCGAUCUCUUGUUCGACACGGCCACUUUACCAAAACUGAUCGCCAAGUACUGGUUUGGAGAUGCCCAAAUGCCCUUUAGGGCUUGUCUUUUCCAGAUGUUCUGUGUCCAUUAUUUCGGGACAGUUGACUCCUUCCUUCUGUUAUUAAUGGCCGUGGAUCGUUACGCUGCCAUUUGCCAUCCUUUAAGGUAUGCCACCCUCAUCGAUAUUAGGAUGAUCGUUCUGGCGUGCGGUCUUUGCUGGGCGGUUUUAGCGCCUUCUACCAUCGUAGUUAUCACCGCUAGGAUUUCACAAAUGGCCCUUUGUGACCGGGACAAGAUCGGCACGUUGUUCUGUACUCAUACCGCCAUCUCAGCUCUGUCCUGUACGGAUGUGUCAUCCCUCAGGGUGGUGGCUUUCACGUCCGCGCUGGUUGUGCUUCUAACGUGCCUGGCGCUCAUUGUCAUUUCUUACAUUCUGAUCAUAAGAGAAAUAUCGUCAACUCACUCCGAAAAUUGGCAGAAGGCCUUUUAUACCUGCACCACCCACCUCCUGGUCAUCUCUCUGUACUACGUGCCUCGAGUCUUUGUCUACAUUGUGACUAAUAUCCCGCUGUUAAAAGUUCAAAACGAAGCCAACGUGGUGCUCCUCUGUCUUUAUUCCUUUGUGCCGCACUUGGCCAGUCCCAUAAUAUAUUUCCUCAGAACAAAGGAAAUUGCGGAGACUUUACGCAAAGUUCUGAGAAAGAAAUUUAGAUCUUUCCCAGCAAUAAACAUCCAAGUUGGAACAAAUCAUAGCUGA